AUGUCUUCAGCAGACGACAAGUACGAGCAGCAGAACGAUAUGACUGGUGGCGACGUCCCCCAAGGCGACUCCGUGGACAACGACUACAAAAGCCGCACGGGCCAGCACCAUAUUCCCGUCCAAAGUGACGAGGCACCCGUAUCUGACCCCAUUGAUCCUGCCACUGCCGAUUCCGAUGAGACUUUGGCCAAGGAUGACAGCGAUGCCAUUGACCAGAGCAACAUCAUCGGCGGGCGCACUCGAGGUGCGAAGCCCAGUGGAGGCUACACUGAGCCGGGCGAUGAGGAGGGUUUGCCUGGAGCGGAGGAUGGAACUUCGUCGACUCGCUAG